CACACACACACACACACACACACACACACACACACACACACACACACACACACACACACACGGCCCUGCUUGUAUCUUCCCUCCAAUAGAAACUUUAUAAAGUUCACCCAUGUCCAGUUUGAGUUAGAUGGAAGUGAACACAUGUUGACGUUGCUUUCAGGCAUGUUUGAGGAGCAUGCAGACUGACUGAGUGGUCCUGACGAGAGGACCAGCUGAGUAGGGGACACAACAUGGCUGGCUGGGGCACCUUCUUCGUUUCUCUCCUCAACUACAAGACGGAGAAGUACGUGAUCGCAGAGAACAGGAAGAUCGGGAUAUUGUUUCGAAUCUACCAGCUGGCGGUGCUGGGAUACAUAAUCGGGUGGGUGUUUGUGAUGAAGAAGGGCUACCAAGAGAAGGAAGAGGCUAUUCAGUCAUCCGUCAUCACCAAGCUCAAAGGUGUCACACUGACCAACAGCUCUGAGAGUGGACCUCACCUGUGGAGUGCCGAAGAUUAUGUCAUUCCACCAAAUGGCGAGCAGGUUUUCUUUGUUGUGACAAAUUACGUCGAGACCCCAAAUCAGAGGCUGGGCUUCUGUGCUGAGAAUUACAAAGUGCCGAAUGGGCGAUGUCUUAGUGAUGAUGACUGCAUCGAGGGGGAGACCGUUACAGCUGGUCAUGGAAUUAAAACUGGCUUGUGUGUAAACAGCACCGGGACGUGUGAGAUCUACACCUGGUGUCCCGUAGAAUACCGCAAGAGACCCAUAGAGCCUUUACUGAAAGACGCUGAAAACUUCACCAUUUACAUCAAGAAUUUCAUCAGGUUCCCAAAGUUUGAGUUCUCCAAAUCCAACGUUCUUGAUACGUCUGAUGACAGUUACUUGAAGACAUGCUCCUACGAUCCCGUCACUCAUCCUUACUGUCCCAUCUUUCGCUUUGGAGACCUGGUUAAAUGGACCGGACAUGACUUUCAGGACAUGGCUACUAAGGGUGGCUCUGUUGGUAUUCUUAUUGAGUGGUACUGCGAUCUGGAUAAGGACUACUCGAAGUGUAACCCAGAGUACAGCUUCACCCGCUUAGAUAUGAACUUGAACAACUCGGUCACAUCAGGAUACAACUUCAGGUAUGCCAGGUAUUUUAAGGAUCAACACGGGGAAACCUUUCGCACUUUGUAUAAAGUAUAUGGAAUUCGCUUUGACAUCAUGAUAAAUGGCCAGGCUGGGAAAUUCAAUAUUGUUCCAACAAUAAUCGCCAUUGGUUCUGGUGUUGCUCUGCUGGGAAUAGGAGCUUUCGUCUGUGAUAUGAUACUACUGUACAUGAUGAACACCAGCUCCUUCUACCGAGAAAGGAAGUUUGAAAUCAUCAAUUUCAAGAAAGAGCGGACCAAAGACAAGGCGGACAAGCCAGGACAACGGGAGAAGAAAUCCAGGAAAUCUGCAACAGAGAAAGUGUCUGUGAACGCCAUCAAAACCACAGAAGACAUCGUGGGCUCGUCUGUUAACGCUGACAAGAAAUCAUCAGCGGACAAGCGGGGUCCCACCAUUCCACGCAACACGGGCCAGCGCUACACAUCCGCUCUCUCUCCUCAAGGUGCAGAACCAAAGCAUCACAUCACAUUCUCUUCACUCAACUGAAAAAAACAAAAGACCCACAGUGGUUCUCUGGGUCAGUUAGGUUGCAAAAGGUGGAAGUGUUUACCUGUCGGCUCGUCCUGACUGAAGACAGCAUGGUCAGUCCACACAAACGCACGUGUGCCAGGACACUGAUGCAUGGAACCUUGCAGAUGUUAGGGAAAAACUGUCCUAAAAGUCAUUAUCUUACCAAACUUGGCAGCCAUUGACACGUUUAAGUCAGUCCAGCUUAUUUGCAACAGUGAAAUGAGCACAGCAGCUCUGUUUGGAUACGAGUGUACGAUAUCAGCCUAGAAUUCAAUCAGCUAAGGAAAACCAUGUCAACAAACUGCCGUAACUUUAUUAUCACCCAUUGUUAUACCAGAAAUAAAUGUGCUUACAAGGCCUAGUUUUGAUUAUGUCGACUGCUUGUUAUGUUGAUGGCAGGAGUAUAGACAUAAACGGGUUCUGUAGUAGUCGUAGAUCAAUUUGCAAUAAAGUACAUAUUUGCAAGGUG